AUGAGCGAUAGGCUCGUAGCUGCGUGGCAGGCUAGCCCUUUGGCUUCUCUGAGCCACUGGCAGCUUGUCGCUGUCGCCGCUGUCGUCUUCCCUGCCAUCGCGGUUCUUCUGAACGUCAUCGAUCAGCUGCUGCUCCCCAAGAAGCCCAGCUUGCCGCCGCACGUCUUCCACCUCUUCCCUUGGAUCGGCUCCGCUGUGGUUUACGGUAUGGACCCCUACCACUUCUUUGAGAGCUGCAGAGAGAAGUAUGGCGAUGUGUACACCUUCACACUGCUCGGCAGGAACAUGACCGUCGCACUUGGUCCCAAAGGAUCCAACCUGAUCUUCAACGGACGCAUCACAGAGGUGUCGGCAGAGGACGCAUACACGCACCUGACAACUCCCGUGUUUGGCAAGGACGUGGUGUACGAUGUGCCGAAUGCGGUCCUGAUGGAGCAAAAGAAGUUCGUCAAAGCUGGUCUGAGCGUCGACAAUUUCCGCAUUUACGUUGGCCAAAUUGUGGACGAGGUGACCAAAUUUGCUACCCAGGAUGAGGCAUUUGUCGAGCUGCAGAACGGCAGCACGGAAGGCAGUGUGGACAUCUUCAAGACCAUGUGCGAGGUUACCAUCCUCACAGCGAGUCGAACGCUGCAAGGUCAAGAGGUGCGAGACUCGUUGGACAAGACUUUUGCGGACCUGUACCACGACUUGGAUGGCGGUUUCAUCCCUCUCAACUUUGCGAUUCCAAAUCUGCCCAUUCCCAGCAACUUUAGAAGAGACAAGGCUCAAAAGGCAAUGAGUGAUUUCUACAUGCAAAUUAUCGAGCAGAGGAGAAAGAGCCAGGUCGGGUCAAAGGAUGGGAGACACGAUAUGAUCGAAGCUUUGAUGGACCAGUCGUACAAGAAUGGCAGAAAGCUGGGCGAUCGAGAGAUUGCGCACAUCAUGAUUGCUCUCCUCAUGGCAGGACAACACACGAGCAGCGCCACCGGAAGCUGGGCUAUGCUGCGUCUUGCCAGCCGACCAGAGAUCAUCGAGCGCCUGUAUGCCGAGCAGAAGGAGGUGUAUGAUGACGGAGCAGGCGGUCUCAGAGAGCUGGACUACGACAUUCAGAAGAACUCUGUGCCUCUGCUGGACGCAGUUGUACGUGAGACGCUGCGACUCCACCCGCCGAUCCACAGUAUCAUGCGCAAGGUCAAAACAGAUAUUGCAGUCCCAGCGUCUCUGGCUUCUCCUCAGUCCCAUACCAGUGCCGCUUCACUGGCAGCCAACAAGAAGACGGAUGCAGGAUAUGUCAUUCCCAAAGACUACUACGUCAUGGCCGCGCCCGGUGUAUCUCAGACGGACCCUAAAAUCUGGAAAGAUCCCGCCAGCUUCAAUCCUGAUAGAUGGAUGGGCAAGGGCGAACUUGAGCCUGAGGAGCAGGGAGAGACUGUCGAUUACGGCUGGGGUGCGAUCUCCAGCGGUGCGAACAGUCCCUAUUUGCCCUUCGGCGCGGGAAGGCAUCGCUGCAUCGGCGAGCAGUUCGCAUACCUGCAGCUAGGCACCAUCCUUGCCACUUUCGUCCGUCGCUACUCUUGGAAAUUGGCAACUCGCUUCCCGGACCCAGACUACAACAGCAUGAUCGUCCUGCCCAAGGCGCCCAACAACCGUAUUAUUCUGAAGGAAAGAUCAUGA